UUGCGCACCUUAUUUAACGAGUUUACUAUCUUGCCUGAUCUUCCUUCAGACAUUGAAAAAUUAGAGAGUCUUCUCGGAGAUCGCAUGGACGUUAUAACUAAAACAGACGAUGGUAUAACAUUCGCCAGAAAAGUGUUGAAUUUUGACGAGAAGAAGAGUAUCCAACAUGUUACAACGGAUGAAGAGCCAUUUCCGGACAUGAGUUUGGGGAUAGAUUCUUGUCAACAAUUUUGGUAA